AAUCAAUAAGAUGUUUUGGAAUUAUGCAUAAAUGCGAACACAAAAUGUAAAAAUAUGAACACACUUAUUCUACCAAAUUAGGUCACUGGGAUAGUGACUUCUAUAUCGACUUUUAGACUUAUUUUAUGUUUGAAUUGUUUGCAUGAUUAGAUGUACCGUGUGUUGAAUGUUUGUGUUUUUUUGUUUAUUAAUUUAAUACAUUUCUAAUAGAGAUGUCAGAUGAUCUUUUGUAGUAUAGUACUUGCCUAACUGAAUCCUCUAUAUUCUCUAUAUAAAUCUAGAUCUAUCUAGUACGUCUAGAUCUAGGCAUUUAACUUCAUUCAAUGUACCAAGCACACUCCAAACAUUUGCCCAUUUAUUCUCUAUUAAAAAAACAACAACAAACGAACAAAUGUAAUAUAAGAUCAUUUUUUAUUGAUGUCCAAAACUGGCUGUCCGAAAUAAAUUUUGGUAAGAAAAUCAUAAUUUAAAUUAAUUCGGACACCCUAUUAAUUUUUUAUUUGUAUGGAAUCAGACAACUUGGCUUAUAAAUCUAAUAAAUCAGCUUCGAAAACAGAAUAAAUAUUGGGGGCUCAUUAGUAUAGACUUAGCCAAUCAAAAAAUAUUUAGUCUUAACCCUAGGAAGAGGUAAAGUCAUCCGGGUAACAUAGGAAAAUACAACAACCUGACUAACAAAUUUGAAAUACGUUUUUCUUACAUAAAAAGACAGCUAAAUGGAAGGAAAUUGGGUCAGAAUCAUUGGAAAAUGGACAAGCACAUUAUACAGUGCGCUAGUUUUAUAAUAAAUAUUAAAAUAAUUAUUUAAUGACCACGAAAACAGUGAAUGUCCGAAUUCAUCAUGAUGGGUACAAUGUCUGCUCAAAGUCAAGUUCUUCCACAGUUUCCACUUGAUAACGUGAAAUUUUCAAGGACGAUUUCUGCUUUGGAUAGUUUGAGGAACUUUAUACAAUGUUGCAAAUGCUCUGAGUCUUCUACUGAGUUAUUUUCUCUUGGUCAAUGUGAACAUCGAUUCUGCAGGAAUUGUGCUGAAUCCAAUGGAGGCAAUCCCUGUCCUGUUUGUGACAUGCCAGCAUAUGCAACUCUUGCUCAUAUUGAUAAACAGCUGUCAAGUAUUUCUCAGUUGUGCUUUCAAAUGUCAAACAUUUUAGAAGGUCUGCCAUUGUUAAGUGAAGAAAAAAAAGACAAUCAUUUAACUUUAGGAGAUGUACAAUGCAUGAAUACCAUGCAGGCUCUAAACCCAAGUCAUGCUGACAAAUGUAACAACAUAGAGUUGAUAAGUUCUAAUAAUAAUAAAACAAGUGUACAUAAAAGUACUUUAAACAAUCCUACUAAAGAAGUCAAGGAGACAAAAUUAGUUAAGAAAAGGGGCAAGCAUAUCAAGGAUGGCUUGACUAGUUGUCAAACAAAGAAGCUUUCACCUCAGGCAGCUGCUUCAUCCUAUAACAAAUUGUCUAGUUCAUUUGUUGGUAAACUAGAUGAGUCCACCUCAGAAAUUGACACCAGCAUUGAUGUUACACCAAAUAAAAGUAGGAAUUCUGGAAGACGAAAAUCUAAUCUAAUGAAACGUAAUGCCAAAGGAGAAACUCUACUACAAGUGGCAACAAUUAAGGCUAAUGUUGAGACAGUCAAGAGCUUAUUAGAGGAGGGAGCCAAUCCCAAUGUUAAAGAUUAUGCUGGCUGGACACCACUGCAUGAAGCGGUGAACCAUGGUAACAGUGCUAUUGCUAGAUUAUUGAUCCAACAUGGAGCCUCUGUGAAUGCUCCUGGUCUCAACAACGACACACCUUUGCACGAUGCUGUCAGCAACUACCACAGAGACUGCAUACAACUUCUUGUAUCUGCAGGUGCAAACAUUUGGGCUAGAAAUCUCCAAGGUCAGACCCCAGUUGAUUUAGCUCAAUCUGACGAGCUCAAACAAAUUUUGCUCACAUCCAGUAGCACCAUCUCAGAGAAACAGUCUGUACAUAACGCUUCCUUGGUUAAGGAGACACAGAAAUUGUGUUUUACAGGCACUGCUCUGUCUAAAGAUAAACAAAAACUGCUUGAGGUGGUAGCUAAUUUCUUCAAUGUCAAAUUUGUGGAUAAUUUUACAGCUGAGGUGACACAUCUAAUUACUGGAGUGAAUGGUGAGGGAAGAUGUCCCAGAACCCUGAAAUAUUUGACAGCAAUACUUGGUGGUAAAUGGGUUCUUAAAUCAGAAUGGUUAUCAUCCUGUUUGGAAAGUCAAACAUUUGUAGCAGAAGAUGACUUUGAAAUACCAGGAUGUAGCACACACCCUGACAGUAAAAGUGCACAGAAGGGGAGACUAAAUAAAUACCAGCAGCUUCCUGGUUUAUUUGAUGGUUGCCAGUUUUACUUCCUGGGUAAGUUCAGCCAUCCUUCUAGAGAAGAGCUGAUUGGCCUUGUCAAGUUAGGAGGUGGUGCCAUUUUGACUCGUGAGCCUCGUCUUCACAAUCUAGAUGAUUAUCCGUACACUAUUCCAUAUCAUGCAGUUGAGACAAGUACUUUAGCCGAUUGUUCUAUUUUUGUGCUUUUUGAUGAUUCCUGUCCCAAUCCACCUUAUGUGGAAGCACAGCGUAUGUCAUAUUUACCAGUGUCUUGGUUGCUAGAUUCUAUUGCAACUUUCAAUCUUAUGGAUAAAACAAACUAUGUUAAAAAAUGAACUGAUUUUAUUAUUUAUUCAUUGUGAUCAUUGACAUAUUUCAUGCUCUUCUUAGUCAAGCAAGUUUUAUUUACUCAAGUUUCAACACAAUUUACAUUAUAGAAAAUUGUAAAUAUUGUUUAGAUUUAUACAUUACUAAACAUUUUGUUCUCUUAAAUAAUGUAUCUCAGUUUACUGAUUUGAUGUAUUGAACUGACUUUAGAUGAAUCAUGAGUCAUGGUUGAUAGUGAUUCACAUGAAAUUGUUUUUUAAUUACACAUUUCCUUAAUAGGUAUAAAACUUAUAAAUAUAAAACUAUAUUCAUUAUUGGAAUAGUCAUGUGUAGCUCUUGCUUGUAUUCAUAUUUGCAAUCAUGUUUGUAUUUGUGCUGUAAUCUGUUGUGACACGUUUUUAUUGAAAUAAAGCCUAACUGAUAA